CGCAACGCGGUGCGGAUUAAACAAAUGCGAGCUUUGAUGGGCUCUUGGUAGUGGCUUCAGAGUUUGAUAGCCUGGAGCGCGUCGGCGUUGGCGUUGGCGUCGGCCAAUGGAAUCAAAAGUCAUCGAGUCGACUUCCAUCUCGUCGCCGUUGGUCCCACACUCCAAUUACCAAAUCGGAGUUCGUCAAAUUUGUUCCCGGAGAACAUAAACUAUUCCACAUUUCUGCCACAAUCCUCGAUCGAUCAGCAAUCACUCGUCUUCUUUCACAAAAUUUGAUCCCUACACGAAUCUCAUUUGCUUUGACCGUUUGCUGUUAGUUCCCCAACAACAGCAAAAGCAAAAGCAUGGUUCUCCCGUUACUGAAGCUCGGAACGCUCGCGUUGAAAACUCUGAGCAAGCCACUCGGUAACAGGCUCAAGACGCAAGCUGCGAGGCACCCCAGAUUUAGGCAGCUCAUCAUUAACAUGGCCCAGUUUAACCAUCGGAUGACAACACAAAUGCAAAGACGCAUCUAUAGUCAUGCAACUGAUGUAGAAAUUCGCCCCCUGGAUGAGGAGAAAGCAGUUCAGGCUGCUGUUGACCUGAUUGGCGAGGUUUUUGUCUUCUCGGUAGCAGGAGCGAUAGUCGUAUUUGAGGUUCAGAGAAGUGCUAGAUCAGAAGCCAGAAAAGAGGAAAUACGCAGACAAGAAAUGGAGGCACUGAGGCAAAAAGACGAAAGCUUAUUAACAGAAGUGGAACUUUUGAAGCAUAAACUUGUAGAAUUGGAACAACAUGCCAGAGGACGAGGUCUUGGUGGUAUUUUGAACUUCAAACAUGCUCAAAUGGAAAGUGGGAAUUCAGCAAAGCCUGCUUGAUUAAGUUGCAAGUUUGCCCACCAAGUGAUGUGAAAGCACCAAGAAGGUUUAUUUUCCCAAUUCUUUUGACAUUACUUCAUUUUUGAACAUUUUGCUUUUGGUAUUAGUCCUUUACAUCUGUAAAUGAAUAUUUUUCAAAUAAAAUUGUCUUUUACCCUGCAAUAGAUGGGGGUAUAAACUGUUCAAGUAUCUACUAAAUGAAAAGAUUUUAGCUAUGAUGGCUUCUAAUCA